GACUUGACAAGUACAUCUUAGAAGACUAAAAUUUGUCUGCAUCUUAAAAUAGCAAGUCUUAGUUCAAGAUAAGGGUGAUUAGUCGACUUGACUCCUGAAUAUUUAGGUGUUAAAGGAUGAUUACAAAGACUACUUUGCAAACAAAUGAUAAGGACUAAAUAAUGAGAUAGUAGCGUGUAGCGUGUAGCGUGUAGCGGUGUGAGUUGUUGUACGUAACAUUUUUUCCGACUAAGCAGGAUCUUCCUCACAUGAAACAUCUAACCUUAAUCUAAAUCUUUCGGACACAUAAAUGAUCGAAUGAUGGAUUUGGAUUGAUUUCGUAACUGAAUCUCAUACAAGCUCUCUGCUUUCCCUCUCUUGCCACACAAAACAGAUCACCAUGGACGACUUGUCGUACCAGUCCGGCUAUGGCAACACCUUCUCCUCCGAGUCUCUUCCGGGUUCUCUUCCACAGACUCAGAACAGCCCUCUUCUCUGUCCUUACUCCCUUUACGCCGAGCAACUCUCCGGUACCUCUUUCACUUCUCCUCGCAGUCUCAACCUUCGCAGUUGGCUUUAUCGGAUCAAACCUUCGGUGACCCACGAACCCUUUACGCCUCGGCUCCCAAGUCACGGUAAGCUGUUGAGCGAGUUCAAUCAGUCCAAUAGCUCUGCUACUCCGACCCAGUUGCGAUGGAAGCCCGUUGAUAUACCUGACUCCCCCACUGAUUUCAUUGAUGGGUUGUUCACCGUUUGUGGUGCUGGAAGCUCUUUUCUUCGCCAUGGUUUUUCUAUUCACAUGUAUACUGCCAAUAAAUCAAUGGAAAAUUCUGCAUUUUGCAGUGCCGAUGGUGACUUCUUAGUUGUUCCCCAAAAAGGAAGGCUAUGGAUUACUACAGAAUGUGGAAGGUUGCAAGUUUCUCCAGGUGAAAUUGCUGUUUUACCACAAGGAUUUCGUUUUUCUGUUGAUCUUCCUGACGGACCAUCUCGUGGUUAUGUAGCUGAGAUCUUUGGUACCCAUUUUCAACUUCCUGAUCUUGGGCCAAUAGGAGCUAAUGGUCUUGCUGCUCCAAGGGAUUUCCUUGCUCCCACUGCGUGGUUUGAGGAAAGUCACCGUCCAGGCUACACAAUUGUACAAAAAUUUGGCGGUGAGCUUUUCACAGCGAAACAAGAUUUUUCUCCCUUCAAUGUAGUUGCCUGGCAUGGGAAUUAUGUUCCAUAUAAGUAUGAUCUAAGUAAGUUCUGCCCUUACAAUACUGUCUUAUUUGAUCACAGUGAUCCCUCUAUAAACACAGUAUUGACAGCACCAACCGACAAACUGGGUGUUGCUUUGCUUGAUUUUGUCAUUUUCCCUCCUCGAUGGUUGGUUGCAGAGCACACAUUUCGACCUCCAUAUUAUCAUCGCAACUGUAUGAGUGAAUUUAUGGGCCUUAUUCAUGGUGGAUAUGAGGCAAAAGCUGAUGGUUUUCUCCCUGGUGGUUCAAGCCUACAUAGCUGUAUGACACCUCAUGGUCCAGAUACCAAAACAUACGAGGCUACCAUCACGUGGGGAAACGAGGCAGGACCAUUCAGAAUCAAGGACACCAUGGCUUUCAUGUUCGAAUCUUGUUUAAUCCCGCGAGUGUGCUCGUGGGCUCUAGAGUCUCCCUUCAUGGAUCAUGAUUAUUACCAGUGUUGGAUUGGACUGAGAUCACAUUUUACUAGAGAAGGAGCAAAUGCUGAGAGAAGCAAUAUCCACAAAGAGCAUGGUAAAGAUUGAACAAUGACUUUGUGUCAAGUUACAUAGCAUUAUCACAAUUGUGAUUGCAUGUAUUGUACCCUAUUGUCUUUUAUGUACAUAAUACAAUAAAAAUCUCUGUACAAAUGAGAAUUAAGUUCUGUAGAGAUACAUAAAUUGUACUUACAUAUAAAAGCUGUGUUUCAGGCUUUUUCAAUCAACUGUCUGCCUUUGAAUUA